UUAACCGUCAACCCAUAGUCAACCUUAUUUAAAAAAUAAGCCAAACUUCUACAAACAUGGAAGAUUACGUAAAAGAUAAGCGAAUUCCGUGUAAUUACGGCGCGAAAUGUUAUCAAAAAAACUCUCAGCAUCACGAGAAAUACAAACAUCCCCCUAAAAAGGAGAACAUAAAGGCGACAAACACACAGGCGAACAAACGUAUGAAGAUCGAGAAAGAUGACAAAAGAGUGGAAACCAUAAAAAUAAAUAAUGAUGUCUCGGAAUCUGAGAGCGACAAAAACUCAGAUACUGAGCAAAGUGAGGCUUUGGAAAAGAAAAAAGAAGAGAUUUCAGAGUCUGAUUAUUCUGAGGAUAGCACACAAAUCGAUGAUAAAAGUGAUAGUGAAGAAAAAAGUAGUAUUGUAGCAGAUUUUAAAUUGGUUAAAAUAGACGAUGUUAAAAAGUUUAUAAAAGAGAAGUUUUUGGUUGAUAUGCCAGGGGAUUUUUAUCAUUUUUGGGAUUUCUGCAAGAGUUUGAAACCUGGUAAACCUCUGGAAGCUUUUAAAGAGGUAGGGUUGACUCUUGUUGGGCCCUAUGAUGUUUUAGCAGGAAAAUUUGAUAACUGUAAAAAGUCAGACAAUGAUUAUUUGUUACACUGGAGGUUUUUUUAUGAUCCUCCUGAAUUUCAAACAGUUUUAAUGGGUGAUAUUAAAUCUGGGUUUCAUAUUGGUUAUUGGAGAGAUGAUCCAAAAGAAAAACCUGUUUUUAUGGUACAAAAUAAAAGUAGAGUUGAUGGUGUGAUACAGCACAUGGGGGAAAAUAUAUUUGCAGCUAUAAAUGUUCAUUUGGAGAAAUUAAAGAAAACUGGAGAUCCAUUUCAAAAAAUGAAUGUAUCAAAAUAUCAAAAUAAAUUAUUAGAAAAAGCAAAAUCUUUAAAAUUAAGUUUAGAAGCAAAAACGGAUGAUAUGAUUCAAAGAGAAAAAAAAAUUGUCACUAGAACAUUCAAUAAAAUUGGUUUGGUAGUGCCCAUUCAAAAAAAGACAGAUUUAGGCUACAGAGAACUGGCCCUUAACAACAAAGACCUCUUAAACCUUCUCAACAAACUUUCAAAAUGCCAUAAGGACCAAGAAUCGAAAAUUUUGUCAGAUCUUCAACCAUGUUUUACUUUUGCCAGUAUAGCUCUAGAUGAGUGUGAUUUUGGCACUGGCGUGGAAUUAGGAUGGAAUAUUAUGGCACAUGGUAUAAAAACUUUAAAUUCUACUGCAUUGAGAUUUCUAAAGAGUUCUUAUGAGUUGCUUAAUAGAAAUGAGUUUGCCAAAAUAGCAGAGGUCCAUUUAAGUAAUAGAAAGGAAGGGUGUAAUUUGAGUAUUUUGUAAUGUAUUUUUGAAUGAA